UAACAUUCUGGACUCUAGACUGACAGGAUGCUGCAAACAUUUGCUGCUUGUAUUCAUUACCUACAAUCUUAGAACCAAAGUAACCGGAUAUUAGUAAACUGCCAAACUGCCAAACUGAACGUUCGGAAACAUUAUUUUGUUGCUCAUCAUUAUCGAUUUGUUCAGUUUGUUUGGAGUUAAGGAAUAUGGAAUUUAUAUCAUAACAAUAUAUGAUAUCUAUAGAUGCAUUCGGGGUACGUUCUGGCCUAUAGAUUGUAAAAAUCGGAGUUUCCUGCCUCGCAGAUAGUGUAAAGACUAAAGGUCCCACUAAAUAAAAAUGACAGGCACCGGUAUGAGCUGGCAGAAACAGUUGAUAUAUUUGUCGUUACCAGCGAUAGUGUUUCUCCUCGUGGGUGCAGGACUUUUGAUAUGGCAAGUGACAUCUCCCAAUGGAGAGAAAGAAGCGCUCGUUGUCGGGAUCGUGAUGUUCGCAAUGACACUCUUCCAAAUUGCCGCCAUGGUCUGGUGUUACCGAGCGAAGCGAAAAUUAGACGAUAAGGAUUUUGAUAAAGUUCGAGCGAUGGAAAACAGCAAUUUUGAGCUAAAGGAAAAAUGUGUCGAAAAUAAUCUCCAAAACCACGUGGACACAACGGAUGCCUAAUUUGGAACCGCCCUUCAAAACAACAAUCAAGACAAGUCAAGAAACGAUAAACAAAGCAACGUGAACACAUUUCGCAAUUACAAGAUAGAGAAACUACUGGAUAACACAACUACUGCCACUGAUCGAUACAAUUUCUUGUAAAUUGAAUUGAUUGGUGACCCUUCGAUAAUAUUAGACAAGAACAGAAGUUCCAAUUUAGCUGUUCUGGAAGCAUAAUGAAAACUUAUAAACCGAUUUUGUUAGCGUUGAGCGGAGAGCAACAACAAUUCUCAAUAUAAAUGAAAAAUGAACGGUCCUUAAAAUAAUUCAGCGAUGGCUAGACGUCACACGACAGGGAUCUAGACAAGGAUUUAUGUUUCGUUUAUUUGAAAUACUGUUUCAUAAAUUAAUACAAUCAUGAACCAUUCAAAAAUUGUAAAUAUAAACACAUUUGGU